AUGGCCAAGGGCAAAGGGGGCCGGGGCCGGGCCAAAGCGAAGGCAAAGGCCAAAGACAAGGAGGCCAACGGCUCUGCCGACGAGGCCGAGGCGCCGGAGGGGUCCACUCCCACCGACGCUGACGGGGACGCCGCCGACGGCGAGGAGGCACCUCAGCGCCGCUUCGAGGUAAUAGACUACCCACACCUUGGCCUCAAGCUGCAGCUCAAGAAGGUGUACAGCGAAGCCAAUCUCCGGCAAAGAUGCAAUGGAGAUAAGGCGGCCGCCACUGCCCUGGCGCGCAAGCAGCGCAUCUCCGUGGUGGGAUGCUCCUGCAGUGGUAAGUCGACCCUUGCAACCAUGCUCGCCAAGAUCAAGGGCGUGCGCUACAUUGACAUGGACCGCCUGGCAUGGCUCCCUGGCUGGCAGCUGCGCGACCGCGAAGACUUCGAUGAGAUCCUGUCCAAGGAGCUUGAGGAGGCGAAGGCAUGCGGUGGAUUUACAGUGGAUGGCAACUACGGCCUGAAAACCACGAAAAGGCUUGUGUGGGAGGAUAUCGAGGUUGUCGUGUGGCUGGACCUCGACUUCUUCAUAGUGCUGGGCCGCGCUUUCUGGCGCACUGCCUACCGCACCAUCUGCCGCGUCGAGUGCUGCAACGGGAACUACGAGCAUCCAGGCUUGCUGCUGACCAAGGACUCUGUCAUCUACUACGUGCUCACAAGGCAUCAUCUGAUGGCAGAAAGGGUCCUGCGGCUCCGGCAAGAUUAUCCGCAGCAGCUCCUCGUGCGGCUCCGCUGCCCAAAGGACGUGGACCUCCUGUGGCACCUCGUGGAGCAGGAGGUGGUGAACCCAAAGACAGAUCUCCAUGAGGGACAAGGCCCCCCCCCGGCAAUGCGCGGCUGGAGCCAUCUGGGCGAAGCAGGCUACUUGUACAGCGCAUCCAUGACUCGCCCAGACGGCAUCCAUUGCCUCGGCUUUUGCAACAAAGGCUCCUAA